GGUCGUUGUGGAAUAAGGUUUAAAAUUGGUAGUACGAAAACAAUCGCCGGCGCCUGGCAGAAGAGUCGGAUUAGUAUUCAACACCAAACUCUUUUGAACACUGGGAAACUGGGAUACUGGGUUUUUCUCUCUGCCGCCGCCACGAGCACAGGUUGUCGCUGCCAUUACCUACCUCCACUCCGAGCUCUCACCCUCCGUCGCCGCCAUCAAUUCGUAGAGGUUGAUGGGUGUCAUUGAUAUAUACAACGUUUCCUCGCUCCGAUUAACCACCACCCGCAGGCCCAGCUGUGGAAUCGAAGGGAGCAGAAGGAGGAGGGUGGUGGCUAUGGCGUCCACAAUCCCUGUGCAGCAGAAAGAAGUCAACGACGGUCAACAGCGUUUGACUGGCGACUCAUUCAUUCGACCCCAUUUGAGGAACUUGUCUCCUUAUCAGCCCAUUUUACCAUUCGAGGUUUUGUCAACCAGACUUGGAAGGAAGCCUGAGGACAUCAUCAAGUUAGAUGCAAAUGAAAACCCAUAUGGUCCUCCUCCGGAGGUUAUUGAAGCUUUGGGUGCAUUGAAAUUCCCAUAUAUUUAUCCUGAUCCUGAAAGCCGUCGAUUACGUGCUGCCCUGGCAAAGGAUUCGGGCCUUGAAUCUGAUUAUAUUCUCGUUGGGUGUGGUGCUGAUGAGCUCAUUGAUUUGAUUAUGAGAUGUGUGCUUGAUCCUGGUGACAAGAUUGUUGAUUGUCCACCAACGUUCACAAUGUAUGAAUUUGAUGCUGCAGUAAACGCAGCUUCUGUCAUUAAAGUGCCAAGGAAGUCGGAUUUUAGCUUGGAUGUAGAAGUCAUUUCAGAUGUUGUUUUACAGGAAAAACCAAAAUGCAUAUUCCUAACUUCUCCCAACAAUCCAGAUGGGAGUAUAAUCAGUGAUGAGAUUCUCUUGAAAAUUCUUGAGCUUCCCAUAUUGGUGGUGCUGGAUGAAGCAUAUAUUGAGUUUUCAGGACUCGAAUCAAAGAUGCAAUGGGUGAAAAAGCAUGAGAAUUUAAUUGUUCUGCGAACAUUUAGCAAACGAGCUGGCUUAGCUGGACUCCGUGUAGGAUAUGGAGCAUUUCCGCUGAGCAUAAUUGAAUACCUGUGGAGAGCUAAGCAACCAUAUAAUGUGUCUGUUACUGCUGAAGUUUCUGCUUGUGCAGCAUUGCAGAAUCCCACCUAUCUUGAGACGGUGAAAGAAGCUUUGCUACAAGAGAGGGAGAGGCUUUUCAACCUUCUAAAGGAGCUGCCGUUUCUCAACCCGUAUCCAAGCCAUUCCAAUUUCAUUCUUUGUGAGGUUGCACCGGGAAUGGAUGCUAAGAAGCUGAAGGAGGACCUUGCGAAAAUGGGAGUGAUGAUUCGUCACUACAACAACAAAGAGCUGAAGGGUUAUGUUCGCGUAUCUGUUGGGAAGCCUGAACACACAGAUGCAUUGAUGGACUGCCUCAGAAGCUUGUCGUCUUAAUGCAGCACCUUGGACCAUUACUUGGGAUUAACCUAAAACAUAUAUAUAUAAUUAUUAAAAACCUCUUGUAUGAACAUUUUUUGCUUGAUUAACUCUAAAAAUUUUGAUUUUGGAAGACAUAGACUCCUGAAUUAAUAGACAACUUAUACGAAAUCAAUAUUAUUCUUCCUUGAAAGUCUCGAUGGUAUAAUUAAGCAACUUUAAUAAUUAUGAAAUUAAACUCACCUGCUGUCAAGUGCCUCUUCCAUUCAAUUCCUUUCUCAUCCUCCGGUUGAACUUUAAAAUUUGGGUAGUGUUAUAAACACAUUUUUACCUUUCACACAUUUCAUUUUAAUUUUUGUACUUAUGAUUCUUUUUUAAUUCAUUAUAUCCAACGACGGAAUGUUGAAAGAGGUGCGAGGUUAGCGCCCCCCACCCCCAAAAAUUUGGCCUUUUAAAAUGUUGGGUUAUGGCCACUUAGUACUACGGUCUAGUGGUAUUCCUCUUCACUUGUAAGUGAGAGGUCUUAUGUUCGAUUCUCUCUAAAGCGAAUUUGAAACAUAUUAUUGCUAGCCCAUUGUGAGGUUAAGCCCACCCCCUCUUCUAGAUAAUAUCGUUUGUUAAAAAACAAAAAAAAUUUGAGCCACGAACGACAUGUCGUCUCUAAUGUUGUCGUGUCUUCGCCUUUUUCUGUUUUGAAGCAAAACAAAUUGUUUUUCUUUUUGUUGUUGGAAACUCGUAGUAAAAGGGAACACGCAGAUAUAAAUUUCCAAAUCCCUAAACCCCCCUUUCGCUCUGCUCCGCCUCGCUUCCCGCCACCGCCACCACCACCACAACCUUCUCUUCUCUUCAUCAGG